AGGGACGACGAGCGUCGCGCGCACUGCCAGAGCAGAGUCACUCGCUUGCCUGCCGCGAGCGUUUGUAGAGCGGGACCAUUGUCUUUAUUGAAGGAAACUGUUUGAUGAGUGAAGCUGAGUUCCUGUGGUCACUCUAAUUAUAAUAAGGUCCAUCCUUGGUUUAUGAUAUCCGCCUGCUGCUAAUUGCUGCGAAGCUCUGUUAUCCAUAACUUUGUUACGCGUUCCCCUUCUCCUUCCUCCCCCUGCUAAUACCCCUUCAUUAUCCCACACUGGCACUCGUUGUUUCUUUUGUAAUUGAUACCUGGUCGUCGUCCACGCACGUCCCGAGGAUUCCCAGGUCGGGACUUGGACGCCUCCGUAGCCUAUCUAUACCCGCAGCGGACCCGACAUAGGCAACGAUGUCCAAGAGACAGAGACCGACAUCCAUGAUGAUACCAUCGUCGACUGAGGGCCGGUCCCCAGAGUACGACAUGGAGAGAGGGCAGGGGCAGCAGCAGCAGCUCCCACGGCGGAUGCUACAUCGUGCCGCCAACUUACUCACGACCAAAGGCGAACCGAUCCCGGCCAUCGUAGAGACGAUCCUUGAGCUCGAGAGCCAACAAUCUGCUUCCGACUCUUCAACGUCGCGCUCGGACACGAAUUCGAAUUCAAAAUGUAAUGACAAAUACGAUGGCGCCGGUUUCAAGUCGAGUCCGGGGGCGCUGUUGACACGGCGACGGAGCGAGAGCAGUGCGGCGGCAUUGAGUUUUGGCGGGAUUCGACGGAAAUUGGAAAAAGUGAAGGAUGUGUCGGUCGAGAAAGUCAAGGACUUGAAAGAUGCCUCCGCGUCUGUCGUCCGUACCAAGAGUUUCUCCAGGCGCAGACUAUCUACCACAGAUAAAUCUUCCUCUUUUGAGUCUUCUCCUCCUGCCAUCAACAGCAACAGCGGCGACUGCAAUAACGUUCAUCACUCAGGUCCCUCACAACGCAGACGGAGCCAUAUCAGGUCAUACUCGGACGUACUCUUCACUCGUCCUCGUUUCUUUCAAUCUGAGCCUGCCAUUGUACACGAGGAUAAGGCCCCUAGUAUCAACUGUCGUGUUCUGACUCUACCUGUAGUUCACUCUCCAGACCCCAUUGACGACUAUCACCGCUUUGAUUCUCCCAUCUCACCACCAAGUACUGCGCGAUUCAAAAUGGGUGAUUUCGCUGUACCGCCGUUGUUGAAGCAGGGCGUACCGAUGAUGAAAGUGUCCGCCAAGAAACAGAAACGAUACAUUUUUCGUCUCGAUCCUGACCAGGGACAUAUAGUAUGGGAGUCCAAGAAGCUGCGAAUCAUCCCUAUCGAGAAUAUCAAGGAGCUGCGUUCGGGCGUCGACGCGCGGUACUACCGAGAGCAAUUCCAACUCGCGCAGGAAUAUGAAGACAGAUGGCUCACCAUUAUCUACGUGAUGGACGGCGGCUACAAGACUCUUCAUCUCAUCGCCGCUACAAAGGAUAUCUUCCAAAUGUGGGACGUCACCUUGCGCAAGCUUCACGAUAUUCGGCAACAGCUUAUGAGUGGAUUGGGGAAUAUCGAGAUGCGGCAGGCGGUUUGGGAGAAACAGUUUUGGACAGGUGCGGAUGAGGAGGCAGACCAGAAGUUGGACUUUGAUGAUGUGGAGAGGAUGUGUAGACGGUUAAAUAUCAAUCCUUCGAGGGAAGAUCUCCUGAGGAGGUUCAAGCAAGCAGAUAUUCAGAAUCGUGGUUACCUCGAUUUUACAGACUUUCGCCGAUUCGUCAAGUCACUCAAGGCGCGUUCGGAGCUUGAUCGGCUGUACAAGAAGCUCGCAAAUGACUUUGGUGGUACCCUCAAUUAUGCUGCGUUCGAGCGGUUCAUGAGGCAUUACCAGAAGUCUUCCCUUAGCGAGUCUGAGCUGCAGCGGAUUUUUGUGAGAUACGCUGUUGCACCAACGGGCGAGAAGAAUGUGUUUAGUCCGUCUAGCUCUCCACUCCAGAACCCAAUGGACUUGGCUGCCCACGCAGGAAUUGCUUCCCCACUGUCAUCACCACCUCUUCCUCCCGCGCCCGUACCUCCUAUCGCCCAGAUCUCAUCUUCAAUCACUUCGGAUGGUCUGCUUGCACCUCCAACCUCAUCCUCUCCGCCCCCUCCUACAGACACUUCAAAGGCACCGGAGACUCCAGUCACAUGGGAGACCGGGAUCAUGACGCUCAAGGGCUUGACUUCGUUCUUACUGUCGACCGAGAAUGCCGCGUUCGCAGAUCAACAUGGCAAGGUCUUCCAUGAUAUGACGCGGCCUUUGCCAGAGUAUUUCAUCUCGAGUUCACACAAUACGUACUUGGUGGGACAUCAGCUUGUGGGUGAUAGUACUGUCGAAGGGUACAUUCGUGCGUUACUGCAUAGUUGCCGGAGCGUCGAACUGGACAUCUACGAUGGCGAUAAGGAACCGGUGAUCUAUCACGGUCGCACGCUGACUACCAAAGUGUCUUUGCGAGAUGCCUGUCAAGCCAUAGCCAAAUACGCCUUUGUCGCUUCACCAUACCCUAUCAUCAUUAGCGCAGAAGUGCACUGUGGGAUUGCUCAGCAGGCCAUGAUCGCGGAUAUUAUGACGGAGGUGUUUGGCGAUGCACUUGUGCGCGCACCCGUGGAUGGACGACCGAAGAUUGAAGUUCUGCCAAGUCCCGAGGAUUUGAAGGGACGAGUAUUGCUCAAGGCGAAGAACUUGUAUGUUUCGGAGAAGGAGGGCAUGCAAGAAAAGGAAGUAGUCGUCGACACUGAGUCGUCUUCUACCGAAACGUCUGCUUCGGAUACGGACGUGAAGGAAGAAGUCAAACAAGAAUGGCGUAAGGCUCGCGAGAAUGAAGCCGAAGUUAUUAAAGAUCUCAAGUCGAAAGCUCGUAAUGCCCUUGGUCGCGUCAGUAAUGUUGCUACACCCCGUCGCAAUUCUUCCUCCAAAUCCCUCGUAGCCUUGCUCGUGUACACUGUGGGUGUCAAAUGUCGCGGACUCAAUAAAAAGGAAGAAUACGCUCCGGAACAUGUGUUCUCCUUGAGCGAAACUACGGCGAACAGGAUCCUGAAGCAAAGCAUGAUGGAUCUCAUCAAGCAUAAUCGGACUCAUCUCGUUAGAGUGUACCCCAAGGGCACCCGGAUCGGUUCCACGAACUACGAACCUCAUCGGUACUGGAGUGCGGGCUGUCAACUGGUUGCAAUCAAUUGGCAGACAUUCGACCUGGGAUAUAUGAUCAAUCAUGCUAUGUUCCAGCGCAAUGGCCGUGCUGGUUAUGUUCUGAAACCUCUGGCGCUGCGCACGACGGAUAAGCAGCUGUUAUCCAAGCGUACCAAGCAUUUCUUGGAUGUGAAGAUCAUCUCCGCCCAGCAGCUCCCCCGUCCCAAGGAUUCUCUUGGGCGAGAAGUCAUCGACAAGAAUAUCUUGGAUCCAUUUGUCGAAGUCUCCAUUCACAUUCCUGAUUGGACACAUUCUCCAUUCCUCCCUCCCGAUACUGCUGAUGACCAUCGCGUUUAUUCUCCACCUACUGGUCCCUCCAUGGUUAGUGCUACCUCUGCGCGGACGAUCACAGUCAAGACUGGCGUUGUCAAGAACAACGGCUUCAAUCCUGUAUGGGAGCAGGGGUUGAGCUUGCCAUUCGAUUGUGUGGGCGAUAUGAUGGAUCUCAUCUUUGUAAGGUUCGCUGUGAAGCAGGAGGACAAAGAUGACGAGGAGCCACUUGCUGUUUACUGUUGCAGUUUGGGCAGCUUAAAUCAUGGAUACCGACACCUCCCCCUGCAUGACACUCAACUCUCGCAAUACCUCUUUUCUACGCUCUUUGUAAGGAUCGAUAUCCGUGACGUUUGAUUCCCAUACCCUUGGAACCUCAUUUUGCAUGCAUUCUCUUGGCUCUCGCAUCUACUCGCAAUUUAAUGGUAUAUCCCACCCAAUCAACUCAUUGUACUUGUAUAAUAUCUCGCAUCCCCCUGCAUCGAUAUCAUCGUUCGUUGAUCAUACCAUACCAUGCUUUUUUGGAUUUCUUUUGUCGCAUAGCCAUUGGUUGCAAUACCAGCAUUCGUUUUCAUUCGACUACGUAUUUAUUCAAUCCCGGAAAGGAAUUCUUGUAUGAUAGAAAGUACUGCUACGCAUAUAAUGAAGGUGGACAUGGUCUCG